AUGAGCAGCGCUUUUUCCAGAGCGGGCUUUAUCCGUGGCAUAUUCUCAAAAAGACUUCCAAGUAAAACUGUUUCCCAAGCUGGUUUUCCAAGAAGAUUCCUAUGCAACUCUACUUCACAAUCUUUGCCAUUAGAAAAUACUCAACAUCCAUCAUGCCGUAAAAACUCGCGAGGCUUUCAACUCUCACAAAAAUCAUACUAUUCCGUAACUACUGAUGGCAAAGAAUUUUCUCAGGAGAUUGACGAGAUUUCAAUUGGUGAAUAUCAUAAAAAGUCAGAUUUGUACCUUGAGAGUUUGGUUGAUCAACUUGAAAUCUUGGGAGAAACUUACCGUGAGAUUGAUGUUGACUAUUCUGAAGGCGUAUUGAACAUGGAAUUACCCCCAUUAGGUGACUAUUGUAUAAACAAACAACCACCAAACAAACAAAUCUGGAGUAGCAGUCCCGUGAGCGGUCCAAAUAGAUACGAUUUGAUUAAGGGGAAAUGGAUCAGUUUAAGAGAUGGUAGCUCUUUGACAAAGAUAUUGGAAGAUGAAAUCAAACAAGCAACUGGAUUAGAUGAGUUCACUCUUGAAUUGGAUUAA